CAAUUCAUAAAAACGAAUUAUAAAACUUUUUAUCCGCUGAGUAUAUAUUUUCAGCGUUACAUCGUCAUAUUAGUCAUGUGCAUCGCCAUAGAUUACAGAGUAUGCAGAAAUCAAACUCAGUUUAACAUGCGUACAUAAAGCAAGAAUCUGUCAUUUACUAAAAUUAUUCUGUAAUGAAGUAGACAAUAAAUACCAGUUGCCAAAGAUCAAGAUUUAUCUUGACAUAAUUACUCUUUACACACACAGAACAAUAUUCUGUUGUUAAUUUAUAGUAAUUUUUGUUUAAAUUAUAUUGGUAACAUUGCAUUAGUUGUUGGCCAAUCAACAGCAGUCUUGACACGCCCCUUGAAUAUUCGUUUUCGGUGACUGAAUGCGGGUCGGCGAAUAAACAGUUUCGAUAAAAUUUUUCAUUGAUUUCGUAGUUUUGAUUGAUUGAUGAUCUGAUUGACACUGAUAAAACUUUUCAAUUCCCUAAAAUGACGGAGCAGCAAAUGGAUUGCGCAUUGGAUUUGAUGAGAAGACUGCCACCUCAACAGAUUGAAAAGAAUUUAAGCGAUUUAAUAGACUUAGUGCCAUCCCUUUGUGAAGAUCUUUUAUCUUCUGUUGAUCAACCUUUGAAAAUUGCAAAAGAUAAGGAAUCAGGAAAAGAUUAUUUACUUUGUGAUUAUAACAGGGAUGGAGACUCUUAUCGAUCUCCUUGGAGCAAUACAUACGACCCACCAUUAGAAGAUGGUUCAAUGCCUUCUGAGAGACUCAGAAAGCUAGAAAUAGAUGCAAACCAUGCAUUUGAUCAAUACAGAGAACUCUAUUUUGAGGGUGGAGUUUCUUCUGUUUAUUUAUGGGAUUUGGAUCAUGGUUUUGCAGCAGUGAUUUUAAUAAAAAAAGCAGGAGAUGGAUCAAAGAAAAUUAAAGGCUGUUGGGAUUCCAUUCAUGUUGUUGAAGUCCAAGAGAAGUCUACUGGACGAACUGCACACUAUAAAUUAACUUCCACUGCUAUGCUUUGGUUACAGACUAAUAAACACGGUUCUGGAACAAUGAAUCUUGGAGGAAGUCUUACCAGACAGGUAGAACAAGAUGCCCAAAUAAGUGAGAGUUCUCCGCACAUUGCUAAUAUCGGUCGUAUGGUCGAAGAUAUGGAAAAUAAAAUUCGAAAUACCCUAAAUGAAAUAUAUUUCGGGAAAACGAAAGAUAUCGUAAACGGAUUAAGAUCCGUUCAAUCCCUAGCAGAUCAAAGACAACAAGCUGCUCUCAGACAGGAUCUAGCAGCCGCACUUCAAAGGAGAAACGCCAAUAAUUGAUCCACCGAAGAAGAUCAACUUUCCUUCGAUUUUGAAGAGUGUCAAUAAAAAAAA